AUGGCCGCCGCACAUGAUUUGACCCUGCGGAUGAUUCCAUUUUUGGAUCGUCAUCUCGUCUUUCCCUUGAUCGAGUUUCUUGAGCUGAACAAGGUCUACCCGGCUGAAGAUUUGCUUAAGGCAAAGUAUGACUUGUUUAACAACUCCAACAUGGUCGAUUUUGUUUUGGACUUGUACAAGAAGAUUCACAACACUGAGGACACUCCCCAAGAAUUUGUUGACAAGAGAGAGGUUGUCUUGAACAGAUUGGAAGAGUUGCAAGGUGAAGUUCAGGAAGUAAUGACCAUUCUCGAAAAGCCAGAGGUCAUUGCUGCCCUUCGCAGUGAUAAGGCACAAAACCUCAACUACUUGAAGGAGAACUAUAACCUCACCGAGAACAGAAUCAACAUCCUCUACGAGUUUGGUCAGUUCCAGUUCAGCUGUGGUGAUUAUGGAGGUGCUGCAGAUAUGCUUUACCAUUUCCGUGUUCUGUCUACAGACACUGAGCGUGCAUUCUCUGCCUCAUGGGGUAAGUUGGCUGCCGAAAUUUUGACUGGUAACUGGGAAGCUGCAUUGGAAGAAAUGCAGAAUAUGCGUGAGGCUAUUGAUCAAAAGAGCUUUUCAUCACCACUGCAUCAAUUGCAGCAGCGCAGCUGGCUCAUCCACUGGUCGCUCUUCGUUUUCUUCAACCACCCUAAAGGCCGUGAUGGCAUCGUCGACAUGUUCCUCUCCCCCCAAUACAUUAAUACCAUCCAAACAUCCUGCCCUUGGAUUCUGCGUUACUUAGCUACCGCUGUUGUCACCAACAAGCGCAGAAAGAACCAAAUGAAGGAGCUUGUACGAAUUAUCGAACAGGAAGCCUACGAAUAUAAAGAUCCCGUAACUGAGUUUAUCGAGGCUCUGUUUAUUCACUUUGACUUUGAAGGAGCACAGAAGAAACUUAAGGAAUGUGAAGAUGUAUUGAGCAACGAUUUCUUUUUGGCUGCAACCCAGGAAGACUUUAUGGAGAGCGCACGACAGUUCAUUUCCGAAACUUACUGCAGAAUUCACCAAAAGAUUAAUAUCAAAGACAUGUCUCAAACUCUUAACUUGAACCAAGAGGAGGGUGAGAAAUGGAUUGUUAAUUUGAUCAGAGACACUCGUGUGGACGCGAAGAUUGACUUUGAAGAGAACACUGUCAUCAUGAACACACCCGUCACUUCAAUCUACCAACAAGUCAUUGAGCGUACCAAGGGACUUUCUUUCCGUUCUCAGGUACUUGCUUCCGCCGUCAAGAAG